AAGAUAGGUCCACGUCCUAAACCCUGGUACCUGCCAAUGUGACUUUAUGUGGAAAUAGGGUUUCUGCAGAUGUAAUUAAGUUAAAGAUCUAGAGAUGACAUCAGCCCAGACUUAAGGUGGGACACAAACCCAAUGACUGGCAUCCUAAUAAGAGAAAGGAGAGGGAGAUUUAACACACAAAAAGCCAUGCACAGGAGGAGGCUGUGUGGAGAUGGAGGCAGAGAUUGGAGCAUUUCAGCUUCAAGCCAACAAUGUCAGGAUGGAUGCUGCCACCAGGAGCUAGGAAGGAGCAAGGAAGGAAUUUGUUUGCAAAGACCUUAUAUCCAAAUAAGGUCACAUUUACAGAUACCGAUGUUAGGACUUUAAUUUCUCUUUUCUGGGGACACAGUUCAACUCCCAAAAGAAUCAAGGGUGGAAGCAAGAAGUCCAGCUAAGGAGCAAUGGCAGCAACACGGAUCUGCCAGAAGAUGGAGGUGACCAAGGUCAAUCCAGCUCUUAGCCACAGGUGGGUCAUGUGGUGACUUCUGAAUGCAGAACCUUGAUCAUGCUGAAGAGCCACUUGGGAGCCCAGUCAGAGCUGCCAGCCUGGAGGAGCAAGCUGAAUUACUUGGAAGAGGAAGGCAGGAGGAAUAGAGGAGACAGAAACCAAGCAGCCGAAGCCCAGAAACAUUCUCUGGACCCUCAGAGAGCCUUUAACGUGCAUUACGAAUCUCCAAGAGAGGAACACUAGAGCUUGCAGUAUUUCUCAAGCUGAUUUAAACAUGGAAGCCUUGUCUUUUACAGAGCAUCUUAUGGAAUUCAUAUUUCAUGGAAGAUACUUUGGGAAGUGCUGAAUUAAAGAAAAAAAGCUUUUCUUUCUUUGACAUUAUUUACAUGUCAACCGUGUUUUCUGAGUUACAGCUUCACAUAAGUGCCUGAAGGAGAAUUGAAAAACAUCCUUGCUGCAUCAGAAAUAUAUUUACAAACCAUCUCUUUGGACAUUUGCCUGUUUAUCUGGACUGUACAUUCCUAGAAUGCGCACAUAAAAAGUGAAGGACUCUUUUGAGCAGCAUAGAGAAGAAACUUCUGUCCUUGCCUCGGUUCACCUCCAUGCCAGAAAUGGAACCCAAUGGCACCUUUGAUAGUAGCAACAGCAAUGGGAGCUGCACAAUUGAAAACUUCAAAAAGGAUUUUUACCCCAUUGUGUACCUGGUAAUAUUUGUCUGGGGAAUCUUGGGAAAUGGCUUUUCCAUAUAUGUUUUCCUGCAAUCUUAUAAGAAGUCCACUUCUGUGAAUGUUUUCAUGCUAAACCUGGCCAUUUCAGAUUUCUUGUUCACAAGUACACUACCCUUCAGAGCUGACUAUUACAUCAGAAGCUCCAAUUGGAUAUUUGGGGACUUGGCCUGCAGGAUUAUGUCUUAUUCUAUGUAUGUCAACAUGUACAGCAGCAUUUAUUUCCUGACUGUGCUGAGCAUUGUGCGUUUCCUGGCAACUGUUCACCCCUUCCGGCUUCUCCAUGUCACCAGCAUCAAGAGUGCCUGGAUUCUGUGUGGGAUCAUAUGGAUCCUUAUCAUGGCUUCCUCAGUAAUGCUUCUGAAAAAUGGCUCUGAGCAGAAGGGCAGUGCCGUAUUAUGCUUAGAGCUGAAUAUCAAUAAAAUUGUUAAACUGAAGACCAUGAACUACAUUGCCUUGGUGAUGGGCUUCCUGCUGCCAUUCUGCAUGCUCAGCAUUUGUUACCUGCUGAUCAUUCGAGCCCUGUUAAAAGUAGAGGUCCCAGAAUCAGGGCUGCGUGUUUCUCACAAGAAGGCACUUAUCACCGUCAUCAUUGCCUUGAUCAUCUUCCUCUUGUGUUUCCUGCCCUAUCACAUACUGAGAACUCUCCACUUGAUGGAGUGGAAAGUGAAUACAUGCAAAGAGGACCUGCAUAAAGCUGUAGUCGUCACACUGGCCUUGGCAGCAGCCAAUACCUGCCUCAAUCCUUUGCUCUAUUACUUUGCUGGGGAAAAUUUUAAGGACAGACUGAGGUUGAUACUCAGAAAAGGGAAGGCACAGAAGACAAAGUACAGCCUUCCUGUCUGCAUGUGGUUGAAGAGGGAAACACAAAUUUAAGGGGUUGCCAGGUAGAACCUGUUCUUGCAUCCUUGUGCCCACCUUCAUUCAUCACAUAGUCUCCAAAUGACCAUGGAUUUAACUGUUUCCAACAAAGGUCCACUCCUAACAUUUAACUGACCAUGACUUUUGUUGAUAAGUCCUACUUCAAACAUUGCAUUAGAUGUGUUUUCAGUGAUUGACUCAAAAAGAGAAAUAUAGCAGACAAAAUCUCUACUAGUCUUGCAACCUCACAUGUCAGACUGGGAAAAGAUGCUCAGCACAUUGUGUGCUCCUUUUCAUCAGUUUCUGUACCAGAUCUUGGUCCCAUCAGGUAUUCUAAAGUAACUUUAAGAUAAACUCAACUUCCCCAGCUUCUCCAGCUCCUCUUCUAACUGGCUAAGCUGCAUAGCCAGUUAACAAAGCUAAUGGAGGUUCCAGAGCAGACCAGAAAAAAACAUCCUAAGAAUUCACUGAAAAGACUUUGUGAGGAAGGCUGCCCUUUGUCAAAGCAGAGUCAAGGUCCCAAACAAGAACAGUGAGAGAAAAGGGGAGAGAAGGACUGGGGCAAGACAGAGCUGGUAAAAAGUAGGGAGAAAGAGAAAUUUCAUGUUGCACUGGGAGAGAGGCUCUAGCACACUGCAGGCAAGAAGAUUCCCUUCGCCUCUCUCUUGCUGGGGGCUAGAAGGAAUAGGAAGAGUGGGAGGAAGAACCAGGGCCUUGUCUAGGGAGUGGAGGGAUUACGUGUCAAGUGGUAGAAAGGAGAGGGUCAAUUUUACUCUUGUGAUUUGUGUUGGGACUGACUUCACUGAAGGUCUCAAUCGUGCAUGCUAAUCUAUUGGGAUGGGAGCCAGAACAGAGGAGGUUGCUCUAAGUGUUUGGUUGGGCACUGAGAGAGAGGGUGGGGUAGAGGACAAGUUGCAAAGGUGGUUGUACCCCUGCAAUUCUACUAAUAUUUUGGUGGCACGUGAAUAGGGUGGCUUUCCUUUUGAGGGAGUAUAGAAAAGAACUGGAUAGUGGGAAGGGGUCCUUUCCAUCCACUGAAGCAGAGCUAGUGAGACUACCAACUACUACCUCCCUGGCCACUGUACCACCAACAAUUGCAUGGCCUCUCCAUGCUGGGCAGACUGUGCCAGACACUUCAUAUUCAGUAACUCCAUUUAACCCUUACACUGAAGCCUUGUGUUUCUACUUUACCGAUGAAGAAACCGAAGCUUGGAGAAAUUAAGAAACUUGUUCAAGUUCACACAGGUGGUAGGAGUUUAAAAGAUAUCUGUGGAGAAAGGUUAGCUGGGUGCUGACUCCACUGCUCCCCCUACGAACCUUCUGGGAGAUUGGCUGAAACUUUGAAUAAAAGUUCCCUUUCCCCAUCAGGCACCUUCCCCUCCUCAUUUUCUCUCUGGAGUCAUUGACCUCAGGCAGAGUGGGGUGUGGGAGGGAGGUGGUGUUCUCAAGCUAGGGAGAAAGGGAACAUCCUUAUAGUAAACAAGAGCCCCAGGACGCUUCCCUUACUCAGAUGUCAGAAUGCUGUCAGACUCAUAUCUUGUCAAAACAGGAGCCUGCAGGAUCCUCCUGUGGGGAAACAACCCAAUCCAAGGGAAAGACUAACAGAUACAGACUGUUGAGGAUUUCCCAACACAAAAGCUGGCACCUGCCCUAUUAUCUACCUGGCAGAGAAGUCCAUACCGCAACCAAUCCCUUCUAUUCAGAGAGCAUCUAGUCAGCCUGUUAGAGCCUCACUCUUAAUUAUGCACAAUGACCACUCCACUUUGGGGGCAGUGGAGGGUGGGGUGGGGUGGACAAAGGCCACAACAUACCUACAAAAUACCUACAAAUAAAUGACAGGGUUGAUAGAGACGUUUUCAGGAAGAAAGGUGUAAACGCUUUUAUUACCCUUGCACUUUUUAUUGGAAACCAACUGGAGGAUGUGCUCCUCCAAAAUAAGUGAUUAAGCCAAGAUAGAGAAAAACAUGACAUCUAGGAAACAAGGAAUCCAACACAGGAGAAAAGUGAACAACAUAGGAUGUUGGUGGUAGCAGAAAAACAAGAAACUAAUUGAUUUGCCACAUUAGAGGGAUUUAUAUGUUUUUUUGAAGCACUUGGGAUUAACUAGUGAAAAUACAUAGAAAAAUAAACAAAGGAAAAGACACAGCGUUCAUUGAAUGCUCAUAAAAAGAAACUAUUGUUUAAGAACAAAAAUGUAAUCGUAGUACACUACAUGGCUCACCUGUGAAUAAUGUGGAAUAACGUAAAAACAAAAUACUGUGAUAUAAUUUCUAUUAGGAAAUGAGAGGAUAUGUAUGUGGGGGAGGGGUGUAAGUCAUCUAGGUCUCCAUCUUCCAUCACAGAAAAUGCAUAACAACUAAAGCUAGAGAAUGAUAAAAGCUAUAUCAAAAUGUUGUUUAGCAACAGGAGCUACCAUCCAGAAGACACGGUGAAAAGGAUGGACAGGGAUGGCCUCUGGAAAGUUUGGGGUGGGACAAUAAGGUGGAGAUUUCUCUUCUCCUUUUAAGGACUUUUCAGCCAUCUAACUGGUAAAUAUGUAUUGCUGAAAUAAAAAUUAAGUUUAAAUUAAAUUUUAAAAAUGGCAUCAA